AUGGUACAAGACAUGUUUGAUUCAGAACUCUACAUGUCCUCGUACAAACACGUGGGUGUUGAUGUUGUUAGUUCGACGCGUUAUCGGGAUGUGGAAUAUCUGAAGUUUGAUGCAGCGCUUGAUGAAAAAAGUAUAACAUUUGCAUCAAGACAAUCCUUCUAUGUUUGCUCCUUACCUGGUGCAUCCGACUGGUUUAAAAUAUCCUUUUCAAGUUUGCUGGAGCUGUCGACGCUACACUCUGCCCCUAUUGGUGACACAUCGAGCUGCUACAUAAGCUUGUAA